CACAUUUUAUUAUAGAAUUAACUAAAGUAGGAAUGAAAUAAUAGGGGGGGGGGGGGGGGGGGGGGGAGAGAUAUAUCAUACGACUGAGUCUAGAGGGUGUGUGAAUAGAGAGAGUGAUGGGUGAGAGGGGGGACGAAGCUGUAACCCCGGCGGGGAGGCUGUUCCUGCAGGCAGAAAUGAAACAAGUAAUCCACUGCGUCAUAGGGCUGAAGAACCCCAUCGACGCGGAGCUAGUGAAAUCACAAGUCCGGAACUCUACUAUGCUACAACACCCACGCUUCACGAGUCUGAUGGUAAGAGGCGAAGGAGGAGUGGAGCACUGGCGGCCCACCGAAAUCGACAUCGAUCGGCACGUGCUUAUAAUAGAGGAAGCAGUGGGCGAGAGGGAGGAGGAGGAUGAAUCGGCCAUCAACAAGUACCUGGCCGAAUUAUCCAUAGACAGCGAUGGGCUUAGCAUGGAGAAGCCCCUGUGGGAAAUCCAUCUUCUUAAGGCCCACAAGUGCGUUAUUUUCCGAAUCCAUCACGCCCUCGGGGAUGGGAUUUCCUUGAUGUCCAUGCUUCUCGCCAGCUGCAGGAAACUCAACAACCCAAACGCCCUCCCUACCAUCGCCGCCUCUGCCUCUACCUCUGCCUCUAAAACUAACCUCAUCAAUUUCCGGAAUCUCCUCGCUACCCUCUGGUUUUGUUUCAUCUUUGCCCUCGAGUUCAUCCUCAGGUGUUUGUGGAUUCGUGACCCCAAAUCCGCCUUAACCGGUGGCGCUGGGGUUGAGCUCUGGCCCAGGAAGAUAGCUACUGCCACUUUCUCCUUAGAAGACAUGAAGACCGUCAAGACUGCUGCUAAUGCGACCAUAAAUGAUGUUCUAUUUGCAGUUAUAUCAUCUGGGAUAUCAAGAUACCUAGACUUUCGAGCACCUAAUGGGCUGCGAGAUGGUGUUCAGCUAACAGGUUUAGCUAUGGUUAAUUUAAGAAAGCAUCCAGGAUUACAGGAAUUAUCCAAUAUGAUGAGAAGUAAUUCAGGAGCAAGGUGGGGUAACAAAUUUGGUAUGAUUCUCUUGCCUAUAUAUUACCAUAGAACCAACACUUCAGAUCCUUUAGAAUAUCUGAAGAGAGCUAAGGCAAUGAUUGACAGAAAGAAACGAUCUCUAGAAGCCAGUUUCUCAUACAAAAUUGGGGAUUUUGUAAUGUCCACCCUUGGUCCAAAGUUUGCUAGCCUUCUAAAUUAUCGGAUACUCUGCCACACUUCCUUCACUAUCUCAAAUGUGGUUGGCCCGCAAGAGGAGAUUAUGAUUGGAGGCAAUCCUAUAACGUUCUUAAGGGCAAAUAAUUCUGCCUUGCCUCAUGCUCUCAUUUUGAAUAUGGUGAGCUAUGCUGGAAGAGCAGACAUGCAAGUGCAGGUGGCCAAAGACAUCAUUCCUGAUCCUGAGUUUCUUGCCAAGUGUUUUGAAGAUGCAUUGCUUGAAAUGAAGGAGCAGGUUACGGCCAAAAUCUGACAUUUGGAGAAAUUUGAUUUUGUUAAAUGUUACAACAUUGCUAUGAAUAUUGAGAUACAUAUAAUCACAAGCAACAUAAUUUACAUUGGGAUAACAUUUACUUUCUUAAUAAAUGUUAUAUAGGGACUUAUUUGAUACAUCUAGUUCUCUCAUAUGUACCAUUGAUGGUUGUAUGACCUAUUAAUACAUAAGUUGAAAGGAUUUGAAGCAUAUUA